AUGUCUGUAAAUAUUUUUAAAGUAUUUGUUAUUGUAUAUGUUGUAAUAGGCUCUUGUGCUUAUUGCAGUACCUCAUCAGACCGAAAAUCCGAUGAGAGUGAUAAUGAAGAAUAUCAAAGCCUGAGAGAAGGUUUUGACCAGGGAAACGACGACUUUACAGCGAACUUUCUAUCCGACGUCAUCGAUGAAAAUCCAAAUACUAGCGCUAUUACGUCACCAUUCAGCGUUUUGUUCUUACUGUCCCAACUAGCAUUGCACGCGAAAGGGGAAUCAUACAAACAGCUGGCGAAUCUUCUUAAUUUAAGAAGUAGAUAUGACAUAAGAGUGAUGGUGCCAAGAUAUUUAGACGAUAUCAAUUCUCAGCGAAGUGUAAACUUUUCAUUAGCCGAAAGAGUCUACUGUAGUAUGGAUUACCCAUUCAGUAAUGCGUUCAAACGAGACACAAGAAAUACGUACCACGCUCAAGCUGAGAAUUUAGAUUUCAGCGAACCUGAAGAAGCCGCACGAAUGAUAAAUGCCUGGAUUGCAUCCAAAACUAACAACCUUAUAACAGAUUUAGUGCCUUCCUCAUCGUUAAACGAAGAUACAAGAUUAGUGCUCACUAAUGCUAUAUAUUUUAAGGGAGAUUGGAGAAUGCCGUUUAACCGAAGGAUGACGAAAAAAAGUGACUUCCAUGUAACCCGCAAACACAAAGUGUCGGUCAGAAUGAUGAAUCAAAUUGGCCACUUUAACUACAGCUACCUGAAAAAUAUUAAAGCUAAGGUUAUCCAAUUGUUUUACAAAGAUGGCAAUUUUUCGUUUGUCUUAGUGCUACCCAAUAAGGGGCACAGUGUACGAUCUUUAUCAGAAGAUUUGCAAUAUAUAGAUCUACAAAAUGACGUCAUUAAUCAGUUGGAGCCCGCCAGAGUCAAUCUUACAAUGCCUGUUAUAGAUACAGAAACUACGACAGAUCUAGCUGAUAUUCUGAAAAAGAAUGGCGUGACAGCUAUAUUCGAUUACGAUAAUUCGGACUUAUCUGGAAUUUUGAAGCACCCAGAGCCGUUAUAUGUUAGCAGUGCUAUGCAGAAGGCGAAGAUCAUUGUCAACGAAUCGGGCUCGGAGGCGGCUGCUGGAAAUGCUGCCGUGUUGACUACGAAAGCGGCUCUGGCGCCCGGCGAACAAACCCUUGAAAUAUUCGACGCAAACCGACCCUUUCUUUAUUACGUUUUAUUCAAAAACGCACCCAUAUUUGCGGGAGUCUAUGCAGGACCGCUGUAA